GGGUUUAGGGACGAAGGCUGUCCACUUUGAGUGUGGACCGCAGUGUUCCCAGUCCAGUGACAGCAGCAAUACACAACUAUUGGUGUUAUUCUGCCAUUACACCUUGACGAAGAAGAAGAAGAAAAAUAAGUGUUCCCAAACAAACAACCUCUCCCCGCUCUUCAACUGGUCGUUUAGUACAGCAACAUUCCGUUCAAUUGAACGUAAAAACGACCGCAGCCCUGGUUUCUACGGAUUCACAAAACAACAAUGCGGUCCAGUUCGCAACAGGUUCGUGUUAGGUUUCUCCCCAGCCCUCGCUGUUUCUUCGACGAGCCAGUACACGUGCAGGUAGAUGGACUAUCUCCGCACCAGAAAGUGGAGUUAAGGUCCAUCCUCUGGGACGAUAAAGGGGUCAUCUUCAGAGCUUCCUCCGUGUAUAAGGCAGAUGCUACAGGACAAGUGGACCUUUACCGCUCUCCUUCUCUUGACUGCAGUUACACGGGAGUUGAACCCAUGGGCUUGUUUUGGGCCAUGGCGCCCGAGACUCCACACAGCAAAAUGUUAAAAAAUAAUGUGUUGGGUUCAAUUAUGGUUAAUAUAGAUGUUCUGCAUGGGGAUACAGGUGAGCUCUUGGCCACAGCGACCAACGAAGGCGGGGCAAGGAGGAUACCGUUGGGCUUGAAAGAAGCAAGAAUUCGGGGAGUCCUCUUUCUACCACCCGGUCAGGGUCCAUUUCCUGGGGUACUAGAUGUGUAUAUUCUGGGUGGAGGUCUAUCAGAGGUCCGGGCCAGUCUGCUGGCUAACAAAGGCUUUGUGGUUCUGACGCUGGCCUACUACGGCUACCAGGACAUGCCCAGAAACGUUCCUAAACACUUUGACCUGGAGUACUUUGAAGAGGCCAUUACAUUCCUGAGGAGACAGCCACAGAACAUCACCCUCUGUCCAUCUGGCCACUUGGACGUCCGAGACACCAUUCAGGACCCAGAUACUGAGGGGAACCGCGGUUCUUUGAUCCUGCUAGAACGUUCCAGUUCUAGGUUCCUCUUCGCCGUCUCGGAGGACGACAGGAACUGGAACAGUUGUCUCUUUGCCCAGCAGGCCGCCGCCCGGCUGAGGCAUCAUGGGAAAGAGAACUUUGAGGUGGUGACGUACCCCAGGGCGGGUCAUUUCCUGGAGGUGCCCUACAUUCCCCACUGCCCGUCUGGCUUCCACUCUGCGGUGGGUAAAGUGGUUGAGUUUGGAGGAGAGGCUAAAGGCCACCAUGAGGCUCAGCUGGAUCUGUGGAGGAGGGGUUAA